AUGAUAGUUACUGUAUUAGGUUUGAAUUUGUUUAAUUAUGUACAAACGCUACAGCAUCAGCUUCAACUCUACUUCACCAAAACUGUUGAUUUAUCUUCUGUAACAAAAACUGUUGAGUCACAUUUAUCGUUGCUUUCCAUGAUACAACUUGUGCAUUCAAAGAAGUGUAAUGGAAAAGGUGCUGCCGACGUCGCCUUUAAUGCCAGCCUUGCGAAAGUCCCUUUCACACCAAUUCAUAUUAUUCAUUGUCGUAAACAAUAA